GUACUGGGUACACCGCUCUCUUCUGCCAGCGCCCCACUUCGCAGGUGAUGGGGGAAUUUCUGUGGCUGGACCAUCCCGCGGGUGAGCCGAGCGCCGCCGGCAGCCCCCCCCUGCCGAGGGUCCCCGCUCUCUCCUGCAGGUCACCUCCAGCUCCCCAGGGCUGAGUUUUAUCCCCUGGUGCUGGCCCCCUUUUCCCCUCGCCUCCCCCGCCAUCCAGCUCGUCAUCUCUGAUCUUUUCUGAAGUGGAAAGUAAAUCAGGGCGAAGUGUCAGACUGUCUCAUUUUGAAGACUGAUGGUCAAAUAAAGGCUUUCCCGUCCUAUCGCAAUAAUGGCAUUAAAGCACCCGCGGUAGAAAUUUCUCACUCGGUGGCAUAUGCUGGGGAGGAGCUCAAGGGGGAAAGGCCCUAAGUAAACACUGAAUGAUGGAAAAUUAUGUAACCAGCCCAAAUGGGCUAAUUAAAUUUCCAGUAUCGAAGAACUCUUCUACCCUACUUGGUAACUACAGGCACUUUUUGCAGGCUAAGGAGAAAAGCAGAGUGUGUGUGUGUGGGUGGGUAUUUGGUGCCCCAUUAGCGGUGUGUAGGUGGAGGGAGGAAGAUGGAUGACCACAGAAUGGGCAACAGCCCCAAAAACUCAAGCGGCCCCCGCCGAUUAGCUCAGAAACCGCAGAGCUCCAGCACCCCGGGGACCUCCUGGCGAAGCGUGGGGACCCGCCGGCUGGCCGGGCCGCGCCCGGACGCCGCUGCAGCCUCGAGGUUUCUCCUGGCAGCACCGGGCGGCUCCGAGAGGCUGUUCCCAUCCCGCUCCCGUCGGGAGGAGGCGUCUCUUCGCGAGUCCUCCGCCGUCGGGCCGCAUCCCGCAGCCAGACCCGGCUCCCUGCGCUGCGUGGGAUCCACGGGACGCGAAAGGAAAUGUGAAAAACGGCCUUUCUCCAAACACUGCGCAGCUGAGGGUAAAUCUCCGCACGGCAAAUAUAACAGACAAUAUUUUUAAAAGCUUGUGCCCGGCGAAUGCUGGAUGUGUGACUCUCAUACUCCUUUGCUUCUUGUAGAACAGACUCAUCGGCGCUUGGGUAUUUAUCUUCAUCGGCCAAAUGGGUAUGAGUGUAAAUUUUUUAACUGAUCCCAUCAGAAUUGUUGCGUAGAUGGUCGGUGCUUGUGUGCUCAUGUCCAACGUGUCUCUCUCUCUCUCUCUCUCUUACCGUCACCUGGGUUUCUGUUGAGGGGGAAAACAAAGCCAGCCCUGCCCUUGCCUUUGAAACCAGACAUGGGCUCCCGCUCGAAUCACAGCUAUUUCAGGAAUGACACGGGCUCCUCUGAAGAUCAGUCUUUUUCUCUGUUCGAUGUCCAUAUUUUGGUGCCCGUGACUAUAAUUUCCAUCGUCCUGUUUUUCAUGGGGGUUUCGGGGAAUUUGAUAACGAUCGUUAUCUUCAGACGCUCGCAGGAGAUGAGGACGACAGUGAACAUGUACCUGUCCAGCAUGGCGCUGUCGGACACGCUCAUUUUCCUUGGCCUGCCUUCGGACCUCUACCGCCUUUGGAAAUACAAACCCUACAUAUUUGGGGAUUUUCUCUGCAAAUUCUUCAUUUACCUGAGCGAAACGUGCACGUACUGCACCAUCCUGCACAUCACCACGGUCAGCGUGGAGAGGUACUUCGCCAUCUGCUUUCCCCUGAAAGCCAAAGCCACUGUCACCAAAUACCGGGUGAAACGGGUCAUCCUGGCGCUGUGGGGCUGCUCCCUCCUCACCGCCGGGCCCAUCCUCUUCCUCUUCGGGGUGGAACACCCCCAUGGCAGCGUGCCGCAGGAGAGCCGGGAGUGCAGGUCCAUCGAGCGCGUGGCCCGCACGGGGCUGCUCGAGGCGAUGACCUGGGUCUCCACCGUUUAUUUCUUCCUGCCCAUGCUGUGCCUGACGCUGCUCUACGGACUCAUCUGCAGGAGGCUCCGGCGGAGCGGGCAGCGCCUGCCAGGCUGCCGGGCCACGGGCAGGAGAAGGGCCCACACGCAGACUGUCAAAAUGCUGGGGAGUUGCAGAGGGUCUCUUCAAGCCAACUUAAUAAAAAUCUCAGCUUUUAAUUCUGAAGAAUUUAGGAUUUCAUUCUCGUGUCAAUAA